AUGAUCUCACUCAAACUCCUCACAACCCUCCUCACAAGUACCGCAGCCAUAGCUGCAACCGCAACAGCACCAGACCUUAACACCCUCAACGUGACCGUCAUCGGCGCGCGCAACAACAAAUCCAUCCUGGAAUGCUGGGCCCUGGACCCCGGUUUCACCGAGUCCUCCCAAGCCGGCACCGCAGGCUCUGAAAUACUAAAUCUGGGCUCCGUGAGCGGAAAUGCAUCGUAUUCAGUCAUUCCUGCGAAGUUUGAUGGUGGGAGACAUAAUGCCCCUGCUAUGCAAUGGGUAGUCUUUCUCUCCGGCCUGGCGCACAUCAGCCUCCCGCACUCUGAUAAAGAGGCCUGGAUCCGGGGUGGUAAAGGGGGCGCGAUUCUGGCGCUGGAUACGGCCAAGGUUAGUGGCGAUGGGCACGUUACCAAGUAUCCGUCGGAUGAAGUUACAGUUGCGCUCCAGGUGCCGCUGAAGGAGAAGGUGCCGGGGCAUCAUGUUUUGCAUGGCGGUGCGUGUGAGGGGAAGGAGGUUUCCUUGUAG